AUGGCUGUUCUACAUACCUCCAUCGCGAUCUUUGUCGCCCAUCUCAUUCUUUUGCUCGGUUUGCCAGCCUCUUUGGUCGCAGCUGUGCCAGUUACCGUUCCAGUAUCUCCAGUCAACAACGUGUUGGCAACGACCGAAAAAAGAGCCGCCUCAAGCUACUGGGUCGCCAAUAUUGAACGCCAGGGUGUUAUCCCCUUCGCCAAAACGCCUGACUACAAGAUCUUCCGAAAUGUAAAGGACUACGGUGCCAAGGGUGAUGGCUCAACUGACGACACGGCCGCUAUCAACAAGGCCAUGUCUUCCGGAGGCCGCUGUGGCAAGGGCUGUGAUUCCUCCACCACCACUCCUGCUAUCGUCUACUUCCCUCCUGGUACCUAUGUUGUCUCAAAGCCUAUCACCCAGUACUACUAUACCCAGAUUGUUGGUGACGCUGUCGAAUUGCCUAUCAUCAAGGCCUCCCCCAAGUUCGCGGGUAUGGCUGUGAUCGACGCCGAUCCUUACGAGGACAACGGCGACAAUUGGUUCACCAACCAGAACAACUUCUUCCGUGCGAUUCGUAACUUGGUUAUUGACCUAACAGCCAUGCCCGCUAGCGUCGGUGCUGGUAUCCACUGGCAGGUCGGCCAGGCCACGAGUUUGCAAAACAUCCGCUUCGAGAUGGUCAAGGGUGGUGGUCCAGCCAACAAGCAGCAGGGUAUCUUCAUGGACAACGGGUCCGGUGGUUUCAUGUCCGACUUGACUUUCAACGGCGGAAACUACGGCAUGUUCCUCGGUAACCAGCAGUUCACUACCCGCAACUUGAUCUUCAACGACUGCCAGACUGCCAUCUACAUGAACUGGAACUGGGCCUGGACUUUCAAGUCAGUGAAGAUCAACAACUGCGAGGUUGGUCUGAAUAUGUCUACUUCGCCUUCCAACCAGACCGUUGGCUCUGUUUUGAUGCUGGACAGCAAGCUCACCAACACCCCCACUGGCAUCGUCACAGCCUGGACCCAGAAGAGCAUCCCCGUUGGCGGUGGUGCUCUCGUUUUGGAUAACGUGGACUUCUCUGGCUCCAAGGCUGCUGUGGCUGGUGUCGAUGGGAAGACCAUCCUGGCAGGUGGCUCGGUUGUCGACAACUGGGUACAGGGUAACACUUACACCCCGUCUAAGACUAUCAACAAGCGUGCCAACGGGGCCCAGGCUGAGACUGUCACCGUUGUUGAGACAGUCACAGAGACAGUCGUUGCUUGUGCCGCUUCCCAGGGGCUUCCUAGUGCUAGCCUGGAGGGCGGCGAGGCUCCUGCUCCCGCAAAGACCGCCUCAGCUGAAUCUGCUGCCGCUCCUUCGCCUGCCCCUGGUGCUGGUUCUAGCAGCGAUACCGAUAGCUCCCCCAAGCCUUUUUCUUCCGCCGAGGUCGCUAAACCCCCCCCCGCAGCUACUCCUUCUAAUGAGGCCCCUGUCGAUUCCGCGGUGCCUGCUCAUUCUUCCCCCUCCAAUGUGGUCUCUGCACAGCAGCCUGCUGUGCCUGUCACCUCUACUGCUGCGUCUACCCCAAGUACUGGCAGCGGCUCUGAAGUAACCCAGGGACCCCAGUCUGGUAGUGGCACUUGCGGCGCCUCGCACGCUGUUGCCUCUGCCCGUACACAGAGCACCAUGAAGACCGCUCCCAAGCCCGCUAGCCUGCUCAAGGGGGGCGCCAUCUUUGAGCGCUCCAAGCCUCUUUACGAGAAACUUCCAGCCUCCUCGUUCAUCAGCGUCAAAUCGGCUGGCGCCAAGGGUGAUGGAACUACUGACGACACUGCGGCCAUCCAGAAGAUCUUUGACAGCUACAAGGAUGGUCAGGUCAUCUACUUUGAUCACGGUGCCUAUGUCAUUACCUCCACCAUCAAGGUUCCCAAGAAUAUCAAGAUCACUGGUGAGAUCUGGCCUAUGCUCAUGGCACACGGCCCGAAGUUUGCCAACCAAGAUAAGCCCGUUCCUGUCUUCCAGGUCGGCCAAAAGGGUGAUACUGGCUCUGUCGAGAUGAGCGAUCUCAUUAUCACCACCAAGGGUCCCGCCGCUGGUGCUAUUCUCAUGGAGUGGAACGUUGCAGGCUCUUCCCAAGGUUCUGCCGGUAUGUGGGACGUUCACUUCCGCAUCGGUGGCGCUGCUGGCACUGAGCUGCAGAGUGACACUUGCCCUAAGACCCCUAAGGAGAAGACUACCCCCAAAGAGGAGUGCAUGGCCGCCUUCAUGCUCCUGCACAUUACUCAAAAGGGUAGCGCAUACCUCGAGAACACCUGGUUCUGGACCGCCGAUCACGAGCUGGAUCUCAAGGAUCAUAAUCAGAUCAAUGUCUACACCGGCCGGGGUGUGCUCAUCGAGUCUCAAAAUCCUGUCUGGCUGUGGGGUACCUCCUCAGAGCACCAUCAGCUGUACAACUACCAGGUCUCCAGUGCCAAGAACGUCUUUAUGGGUCUAAUUCAGACUGAGACCCCUUACUACCAGUCCAAUCCGACUUCACUGACUCCCUUCACCCCGCAACACGCCUGGAACGAUCCUGACUUCUCCAACUGCAAGACAAACUCCUGCCGCAAGGCCUGGGGUCUGCGUGUCCUCGAUUCCUCGGACGUCUUCGUCUACGGCGCCGGUCUCUACAGCUUCUUCGAGAACUACGCCCAAUCCUGCCUCAACUCUGAGGACUGCCAGGAUAACAUGGUCGAGGUCGACUGCUCGGAUGUCAAGCUGUACGGUCUCAGCACCAAGGCUGCAGUCAACAUGGUUACCUCGUCCAAUGGCAAGGGUCUAGUCCCUGGAAAGCCGAACAAGAGUAACUACUGCUCUACCAUCGCGCUCUUUGAACAGUCUGCUUAG